AUGUCGGUAUCGUGGCAGAGACUCAUUCGUUUUGCUGCAAGCGAUGGGCGAAUCCUCCGAGGAGAGCCCAUCCUCCCUCAUGAGGGAUUCGACCUGGGAAACACUACCGAGGAGACAAGUUUGAAGGCAAGAGUUAUCGAGGGCUCUGACAUAUAUGACACCUCAGGGAAGACCAAGGUCACCGAUGAGGUUGUUGUAGUGAAGAAGCUUCUCGGCCCUUUAGCGCAAGAGGAUGUGCCUAUUCUCCGAUGUGUAGGGCUGAACUAUGCAACGCACAUCAGAGAGGCCGGCCGCAAGCCGCCGCCGUUCCCUUUCAUCUUUUUCAAACCCAACACAACUGUUCUGGACCAUGACGCAGAUGUGAUCAUUCCCAAGAUCUGCCAGGAUGACCAGGCCGACUACGAAGGCGAGUUAUGUCUUAUUAUCGGAAAAGACGCCAAGGAUGUAUCUGUGUCAGAUGCGCUGAAUUAUGUUGCUGCGUACACUUGUGGCAACGACAUCUCAUCAAGGAAACUCCAACGUGAUGCUGCGUUUGCAGGGAACGUGCCACAGUGGGGGUUCUCCAAGGGAUUUGACACGUUUGCACCUUUGGGACCCUGUCUCGUUCGACCUGAUCUUGUUGGGGACCCCAAAUCGCUUCACCUUGAGACAAAGGUUGAUGGCGAAGUGAGGCAAACUGAGGGCGUUGAUGAUCUUCUGUUCGAUUGUGCCUACAUUAUUUCCCAUCUAUCCUCUGGGACUACACUGCAGAAGGGCUCGGUCAUUAUGACGGGCACACCAGGAGGCGUUGGCGCAGGUUUCAAGCCCCCAAAAUGGCUUGCUCCUGGAAACAAGAUGGAAGUCACUAUCACCAAUAUCGGGACGCUAAAGAACGGCGUCAAUGCUACUGUUCCACAAACAUUGAUGGCCCGACAGACUCACAGAAAGACGCGCCCCUUCGUGGCGGUGACAAUGCGAGCAUUUUCAUGGGCUUCCGGAUCUAAAAAAGGGAAGAGACCGCCCCGGAACAUGGAACUUUACGGAGAGGCUGAGGAGCUCGAUCUUGGUACACCGAUAAGCUCGCAGGACAACACCCGAGACGCCCACAUUUCGCAUGCAGGGCAGGAUGACGAGACGCGUCAAGUACGGCGGAAACCAGUCCCCUCGUACGUUCCGCCGCUUGGGUACGACGAGGCCCUGCUGCUCUCAUCUGCGCAUACCCACGUCUACGAUUGGGAACAGGAGCUUGAGUCCACGGCACGCCCUUCCGACGAACCGCGAAGCACGGAGAUUGGAAGAGAUCUACACUCCAAGUCAACCUUUGCGAGCGGCGAGACGGAUUACGAGCUGGUGAAGACAUCGAGCGCCGAGAAGACGAGGAACAACACAAGGCGGUCUCCGCGACGUCGAUGGCAGAUCCUGAAAGGGUGGUGGCCAGAGAUCAUAUGGUGCUUGGUCAGCGUUGUAUGCAUCAUUGUUCUCAUCUCGGUGCUGAGGUCGUACGACAACCAGCCACUGCCGAACUGGCCCCUUGGUCUGACGCUCAACACCGUCGUGGCCUUCAUCUCUACAUUCUGUCGCACGUCGUUCGUUCUCCCAGUCGUCGAAAGUCUAUCGCAGUACAAAUGGAACUGGUACAAGUCGCCGAGGCCAUUGGGCGAUUUUGCGGUCUUUGACGAGGCCAGUCGCGGGCCGUGGGGCAGCUUGAAGCUGCUGCUCAGGACGAAGGGCCGGCUAGUUGGAAUUCUCUCGGCUGUCAUACUGGUUUCUGGGAUUGCGACCUCAACGCUGACACAAUCCGUUGUCACUUACCCUACUCGUCAGGUUGCGAUUCCCGGAAACGAGACCGCACUUACACGAAGGAACAAUGAGUACUUCUGGGCGACUGCCAACGGACCUUCUCGAAGAGAUAUCAUGUUCCCGAUCAACCAGAUUAUUCCUCGAAGUCUUUACACCCCACCUAACGAGGUAAUGCCAUAUUACCAAGCUAGCUGCCGAUCGAACAACUGCACCUGGGACGACUUCACCUCACUUGCCGUAUGCGUUGACAUGAAGAAUGUCACAGACCUUCUCGAGACUGAUGGCGACCCCAUCGAAAUGGGCACGCACUCCACGCUUCCGAACGGCUUGAAGUUACAGAGAAGCUAUGGGUAUGGCAAUUUGAACAUCUCCAGCGGCCCGAGUCUAGCAUUCAACGGUACCGACGCCAUGGGAGCCAAGAUAUGGAACUUCUUCGUGGUUAACGGUCCCCGGCUACGAGCCACUGAGAUCAUGCUGCAUUGGUGUGUGAACACAUACAGGGUCACAGUUCAGGACAACCUCCCCGUCACGCAAAAGGUCGCUUCCUACACGAAUCCGCAGACGGGAGAGGUACUUGUGGAGACUUAUAACAUGACCAGCAACGUGACAUACUUGACAUCUCCAGACAACCCGGGCAAGAAGUAUGUGGCCGACGGGAUGGGACCUGCUGAGAUUGCUGCCAUUCUCGACUCGACUCUAUCGGGGACCUACAUUGACGGUGGUACAUACAUGUUUCAGAACGGGACCCAAAUCUAUGGGACAGCUUUAUCGCGAGCUGCAAUCGGUAUCAAUGAGACAACCGAGUCUCAGAAGCUGGAUGACGCCCUGUUUACAACGCUUCGCAACCUUACUGAGAACAUUGCCAGUGGCCUCACGAAUGCUCUCUUGGUCAGUAACGUCAGCGGGACUGCGUGGCUGGAGGAGAGAUUCGUCUCGAUCCGGUGGCCUUGGUUGACGCUACUGGCGGCUCAGGUCGGACUCUCGAUUCUGACCUUGGCCAUCAUCAUGGUGGAGACCGCUAGUCUAGACAUUGAGAUUGUCAAGGGCUCGCCUCUCCCGGCACUCUUGGCAGUGCACCCAGAUGAGAAGAGUGUGCUACUAGCGGAUCAUGUCGAGGAAACACCCAACAAGGAUAGCAGGCUACCGCACCUGAGGGCAUCAGGUAUUACCGGAGGGCUACGGAGAGACGGAGAGUACUGGGUUCUUCAGGGCAUCAAAGGACGAAAUCCAUUCUUCCUGGCCACUCUGUCUCUCGUCUUAGCAAUCUGCAACUCUCGAUGCCCGUAA